UAACCAAUUAAAAUCCCUCAACGUUCCUCAAUUGGCCAAUAGAAAGUCAGAAUUGGGGGAAAGAGGCGGGGCUUGUUCUGAGACUCUCCGCUUCGUAGCUACCAGGUGGAGAAGAGUAAACCUUCGUGGGGAAGAUGGCGAGAGGAGCACGAAGUUUGCGAAAAAUCGCCGCUUAUGUGAAGACGUUACCGUCCGUGACCACCCGUGACGUUCGCUCCAGCAGCAAUGUCAGCAGGUACCUCCCAUCAUAUGGCAUCCUGAUGACGCGCCUGCCUCCCUUGCUGGGCACCGCCAUGCCUGGCCGCAGCGUGGUCCUUCCCGCCCGCGCCUUCUUCAACAUUGCCACCACUUUCUCCAAGAGAAGGGAAUACGCUGAAAGACGCAUCAUUGGGUUUUCCAUGCAAGAGAUGUACGAGGUGGUGGCCGAUGUGGAGAAUUACCGCCUCUUUGUUCCUUGGUGCAAGAAGUCCGACGUCAUCUUUAAGCGGACCGGGUACUGCAAGGCCAAACUCACUGUGGGCUUCCCGCCAGUGACUGAAAACUACACCUCUCUCGUCACUACAGUGCGCCCCCACCUGGUCAAGGCAUCCUGCUCGGACGGCAAACUGUUUAACCACCUAGAGACGAUUUGGCGCUUCAGCCCUGGCCUACCUGGCUACCCUCGCACCUGCACUGUGGACUUUGACAUCUCCUUCGAGUUCCGCUCACUCAUCCAUUCGCAACUGGCGCACGUGUUCUUCGACGAGGUGGUGAAGCAGAUGGUGUCGGCAUUCGAGCGCCGCGCCACCUCCGUCCACGGCCCCGAGACGCCCAUCCCGCGUGAGCUCAUGUUCCACGAGGUUCACCACACGUAGCGACGCUACAGCGGAGGAGUGGAAAACAACAAAGAAAACGAAAGCAACGACUCAUGUUUUACCUGAAAACGCCAGUGCCUUUGUCUUUUUUUUUUGUUUUGUUUUGUAGUUCUUUGAAUGUGUCUAUUGGUUUUAGAGCAGAUUUAUUACCAACGCAAGCAAGCUUAGCACCACUUUGUGUGUCAGCUUGUUUGUUCCAUCAAGAUCCUUGUUUGACCUGCUUUUUUUUCCCCCCCCUUCAUCAGCAUUCUUGUUGCAAGCUCCUCCCACUGGAGAUCACAAGUUGGUGUCAGGUCAGCAAAAUAUUUUAUUGGAAACAGGUAACCAGCGGGAAACAUACCAUCCCACAUUUCAUUGGUUUGGUUUGAUUUGCUUAGAUUGACAAAAACAUGUGACAAAGGCGGGGAACCGUUUUCCUAUUGGGGCCAGUUUAGGUGAAAAAUAAGAUUUGGGCGGCAGGGGGGAUAAGAUAUUGGGGGGUGGGGGUAAUGAUAUGCUCACAGAAUGUGUGGGUUUCAUGUUUUGAGGCUUUUUGUGACUGUUCCUCAGAAGGUGUGUUUAGGGAGAAAAGACUGAAGUUUUUUCUUUUGUUGUGUAAACGUUUUUAGGUCAAAUGAAUAAA